CACUACUGUCAGUUGAAAUAUAAAAAAAUCACCGGAUUCAAACAACGGUCGUCGCUGUGAGUUUACGCUCGAGCUCAACCGCUUUUUGGCAAGUUUCCCUCGGGCGCGCGCGUUACAUAAAACGAACGUCGCACUGCGUGCACCACAAAAAGGAUAAAAAUAGAUUUUCAGUGUGUGUUGCGCGCAUUCAGCGCCGACAUUUUUGUUUUCAAAUGACAUACAUACCGAGACGACGCUCGUAUUACGUAUUAGAAAUCUAAAGUGAAACUUACUGAAAUCGGUUAACUGUAAACAUUGUACUGAUUUUUUGUUUGCAUCUCGUCUCCUGAUUGACGUGCAGCGUGGAAUAGAAUAUUCAUUGUUUACGUGAACGCGUUCGUGGUGAUUUGCAGUUCCUAUGGAUUUGUUCGAGUGAAUAUUGUAGUGCUUUAGUGCUAAGUGAAUAAUAAACUGUUAAAAUGGCUCAGCACGCGGAGCCGAUGGACAUAGACGACGAAGGUGAUUUUGAUAAUAAGGAAAACACAUAUCAACACAGCAAUGUGCUUUCAAAGACUCCCUGUACUGAGAAAGGAUAUGAGGAGCUAGAUGUGUCUGAGCUCAACAUGAAGCUAAGGUACUCCAUCACUCCGGCGGCCUCACCUAUGUCUAAAAGUAUGUCACAUUGCUUGGACAACCGACAAAAUAACUUAACAGACGAGUCUCUCAACAACACAGUCAUUAAUGACUAUGAAAAUAAUUUAACUCGCUCCUUAAAUUCCACAUUGAACAAAACUGAAGUAAAGACAUCGAAAAUAUUACCUUUGCAAGCUUUGCCAACAGACCUUGAUGGUAACAGGAGUUCUGUUCUUCGAUCUUUGGACCCUGAGACUGGCAAUGACAUUACUAUAACUGUAAGUAAUGAAAAUGAAAUUGACAACCUUUCAUUUCCAAGCUCAUCCUCCUCUAUGGCUCAAACUCCUGAAGCUACUACACCAACAAAAGAAAUACCAAAGCAUGAUGGUGGCUCCCCGAUCAUGAGAGGGCUCAAGUCUGUGUUAAGUAUGUUCAGAUCCUCACAGAGCCCCAUACCACCUGAGGAAGAGGACCCCAAGGCAUUGCAGCCAGUAGUAAGUCCUGCCGAUGUGCCACUACCGGACUCUAAGCCUAGAGCCAUCGCAUCAACUCCAAAGAGUGAGAACAAUAAAGAGAAAAGUCUGUCCAGAAGAAACAGUCCACACAAGGAAAGCAUAGUAUUUAAUGAAGAUUUAGAAAAAGAAUUGCAAUGGAAUGAUGAUUCGACUAUUGUGUUCAGUACAGAGAAGAUCCCGAUACACAAGUUAUUUUUCCAAGAUAAGCCCUCCAAAUCUUCUAUCUUAAAUGAAAAAGUUCAACAAGAAGAUGCCAAUUCCACUGUUGAAUAUAUGGAUGUUUCAUACAAUGAUUUGUCUGUAAAAGACAGAACUUUAAAUGGAACUGUAAACAAAAACAAAGUAAAUGAAUUGGUAGAGUCAGAUGGAGAAUUUCUUGAUUGUGAAACUACAUUUACACAGAAUGAAGCAAACUCUAACAGUGAAGAUGUGAAUACAGCAAAAACCAAUGAUGGACAACUUCCAAAUGCACCUGAAAAAGAAUUAGUGCAAAAUGUUACAACAGUUGCGGAACCAUUUACAUUAGAUACAACUAAAGAUAUAAUUAACUCAAUAGAUGAUUCUCAUGUUAUUAUAGGAGAUCAUGGACAGCCACUCGAUUUUUCUACUACUGAUAUUGUUAAUCAAUUGUCUGACCUUAUAAACGAAUCCGAAACAAGUGCAACAAAUGCAAUUUCUGUUGAAAAUAAAGACACUGUAAUUUUAGAAAAACUUGAUACUUCAAUUGUUAGUGAUGUGCAAACCACAAAUAAUAAUGUAACAGCAUUGCCAGAAAACCAAGUAACAAGCCCUGUCAACAAUGUUACAGAUUCCUCUUCUACAGCUCAGGUAAGCAAUGAAAAUGAUAAUUUAGUUCAUACAUCAGGUAUUGUUUGUAAUACUAUUGUGCCUCAUAUAGUAUCUGUUGAACCUAAAAAUAGUUUAGCCCCUGUUGAUGCUGAUAAAGUAACAACUCUUGAAGUUGCUUCUCCAAUGCCAUUUCCUGAUGAAACUGAAACCACAAAGACAUCAGAAGGAAAAAGUGAAAACGCUAUUAGUUACCCCUCGCCAGUUGACAUUCCUUUACCAAAUGACGAUGAUAUUAAUGAAAUUAAUGAUAAUUUGGAUGAAAAUAUAUGUACCGAGUUACAAGAUAAGGAUACGCUUAAUGCAAGCACCUCUCAAAGUGUGCUGAUGGCAGCCCUCGAUAAAUCAAUUUCCGUGGUAAUCCCUGAUGCCCAACAUACGCAAGUUGAACCACAAAAAGAUGUUAUCACUUGUCCACUCAAUUUAUUACCUAGUGAUGUUCCAUUACCCAAUAAAGAUGAAGAUUCUGUAAAAACUGAUAUACCGCACGAAGCUAUUACUGUAGUUCUUGAUCCUGCACAGCCACCAGAUACUGAUAAACCUGUUACAAAUACCGAUGUUAUUAAUGACGUCGUCAACAUACCGAUCAGUCACACAACUGAUGACAUACCUCGCGUAGAAACUAAGGCUGAAAGCAAAGAAAUGGAGAGUCCUUGCCCGCCCGUCCUAUCGCCCAGUGAUAUUCCGCUACCGGGAAAGGAUGACGACAAUCCAAUUGAUACACAAGAUUUAGCACAACAAGCUGUAGCUAUUGCGGCUGAAUCACUUCAACGUGUUUCUCAGAAAUCAGACCAAGUUUCAAUUGAAGACAGUGCAACGAAAGAUCACACAAGUGUUGAGAGUCUCAGAUCAGCAGAUAUUGAUCAUGUUGAAAGCGAAAUAGUUGAUGUUGCCAUUGUAAACACAAUGCCGAAUUCAGUUAAACCAGAAGAAGAACACAUGGAAAUAUCUUUUAUUGAAUCUAACAACGACAAACUUUUCGAAACUAUAAAUAUGGACGUAAGUUUGGUUGAUGCGCACAAAACGGUAGAAGUCGCUGAAGGACUACCAGAAGAAAGUCAAAAAGAUACUCAACCAUCUAAUGUCAUGCCUGAGUUACGUGAGAUAACUAAUGACUACAUCAAGUCUGCUAUGACCGAUAUUGUCAAUGCUGAAAAGCUUGCUCAGAAUCAAGAAAAUAAACAAAUAUCGGACAGUGUUCAACUGGAAUCUGAAAAUAAAAUUGUAAAAAGUAUAAAUAAAGAAAUUACUCCAGACACCGUCACAGACAAAGAUUUAACGGUAAACGAUGAAUCAAAACCUGAAAGUUCAUAUUUACCCACUUUACUUGAAACGGGAGUAUCUAUAAAUGAAACUAAGAUUACGGUUGAUAAUAACGCCCAAAAAAUCGAAGAAUCAAUAAUACACGAUGUAGGUGUUCCAGUCGUUCAGGAUAUAGUUAGAGAAUUGAAUACGACAACUACGUCAUCGAUAGUUGCCACAGUACUUACAGAUCCUAACGAAAAAGAAAUGUGCGAUGCCAAAGACAACAUCGUUCUUCCACAUCAACCGGAGGGCUCUGACACUACAAUUCAUUUAGAUUCGUCUCAUAGGGCAGAAAGUACCCCGAAAUGUGAAGAAAAAAUUGACGAAGAAAUAAUUUUAUCAGAAAGCAAUAGUCCAUUUGUAUCAAUGUCAGCUGAAGAAGAAUAUGAUCCUGAAUCGAAAAAGGAUGAUUUUGAAAAUAUUGAUAAUCCAUUUUCGAGAGAAUCGAAAGUUGCCCAGUCACCGCCGAUAUCUCCUAAAAUUGUUUCUAAGGGAUAUAACUUUAACUUUGAUGACAUUGAUAAUAUCAAUCCUUUUGCUACCAAAACUAAGAUUAGAAUGUCACCACCACCUUGUGUUUCUCCAAAUAACUCACUAUCGACAGAAAAGCUUAACAAAACUGAAAUUGUAGAGCCUAUAAAGAGUGAAAAGAAUGUCAAUAGAAGAAAGUCAAUGCCAGAAAGAAAGAAGCCUUUAAAAGCAAAGAGGCAUUUGAAUUCUAGUGUCGAUAGUACAGAAAAAGCUUCACCACAGACAACUCCAUCUAAAAACGAUGAAGUUAAAAGCCCUACUCAAACUCAAAUCGAACAAGAACAACCACAGUUGAGCCAACCAGAACUAAACCAACAUGACAUCAGCACUGUCGCUCCUGUCAAAGUAGAGGUUAAUAAAGAUAGCAUUGAUAUCGCUAUAUCAUCAGAAAUCAUUACACACGAGGACAAAGUUAAAAAAGAACCUACACCUACUCCAAGUUUAGACCAUCCCAAAGAUGAAACCGUGAGUAGCGAAACUAAAAUAGAUGAAGAUGUCGUUAUGAGUGCAAGUGAUAAAUCUCCAGCAAAACCAGAUACAUCCUCUUCGGAACAAUCUACAUAUUUCUCUGCGGGCGCUUCAUCUACCGAACUGACAGAAUCGAAAAACGUAUUCAAUUUGCCUGAACUAGACGAUUCUAAUCCAUUUGCAACCAAAUCUAAAAUACGCCAAUCACCACCGAGAGAUUUCGAUAUCGAUAAUCCAUUUGCCACUAAAAGUAAAAUUAAGUCCUCUCCGGAAACAUCGUUCAUUGUUACAGAGAAAAAUUGUAACGAUACUGUAACAAUGGGCAAUGAAGAGGAAUUAAAAGAAGCGAAUUGCAGUGGAUCGUCUAAGACAAGUGACGAAAAAGAUGUCACUGUCCAUGGACCUCAUGAGAUUCACACUGAAGAUGAAGAUACUCUAGAAGGACCCUUCCUCGAAGCCGACGAUGGCGACGAAGCUGAAAAGAUACCAGAGUUACCCGAGGAUAAAGUAGACGUGGUAGAUUUUCAUAAUAUUCAUCAGCAAGAUAACGAUGACGCUGCAGAAAUGUUUAUAGACGCAGAAGCUUUUGAAUUUUUGAUGAAUCAAAAUAAAACAGAUGAGGUCGCUUACAGUGGGAAAGAGAGCUUAUUCCUCAAGUUUGAUCCACUUUUUGCGAGAAGAGUGACGUCAGAAGGAGUGGCAGCUGCAUUAAAUGAUAUAAAAAGAAAACAGAUUACUCCCAAGAAAGCUCCUAGACAAGCACCUCGCAAGGAAGUUGAACUUUUAUCCUUUGAGAAGCCUGUCGCUGGACCUUCAGAUUUGAAUGGUACAUAUGAAACACAAAGUGUGGUCGAGGAAAAAUCUGACGACAUGAACGUCACCGUAUCGAAGCCGAUGAUGGCCGUCACGCCAGCUGUUAACCCGGUUGUGACGCCUAGAAAAUCUUUGACGCCUAAUAGAUCAAACAGGCUUUCCAUGACGUUUACCUCACCGGCCAUGGCUGUGAUUGAUAGGCUUCUGUCGUUAAGCGGCAGCAGCCCGACAGUAGGCCUCGAUACGACAGUUACUCAUGCUGACAGAUCACACAAUGAGACAGACCAAGCUCUUACACAACUUAGAGAACUGUUAGCUGAAAAGGAAAUACAUGUGUACAACUUAAGGUGUGAAACUAAGGAACUAAAAGACAGAUUAUCAACUUUAGAAACUCAGAUGAAAACUCUGGAAGUGGAAAGUGCAGAAAGAUUAAAGAAAGUUAACGAAUUAAAUGAGAAUCUAGCUGAAAAGACUAAAAUGAACAGGAACAUGGCGACAGUGGUAGAAGAGUACGAACGGACCAUCGCUAGUUUAAUAUCAGAAACUGAACAAGACAAGAAACGGUUCGCAGAGGAACGCAAUCAGCUUAUUAGAGAUAGGGACGAGCAGACGGCGCAUCUUACCAGCAUGGAGGUCUCUUUCAACGACCUCCACAGCAAAUAUGAGAAGAGUAAACAAGUGAUAUUGGGUUACAAAACAAAUGAAGAAGCAUAUAAAAAGUCUAUACAAGAAUUUGAAGAGAAUCUCGCGAAAAUGCACACGAAUUAUGAGCUGCUGAAACAGCACGCGACUUCGAAACUUAAUCACGCGAACCAGGAAUUAGAGAAGAUUAAUAAAGCUCACGAAGGGGAAAUUUUGAAAUUCAACGCUAUGCUGAAGCGCAAAGAGGUUCACAUCACGUCGCUGGAGGAAAGCCUCGCGCAGAAAACCAAAGCGAACGAGGAACUGACGGCCAUAUGCGAUGAACUCAUCAACAAAGUCGGUUGAACUAAUUUUAGU